AAAUAACUCAAAAAAUAGCAAUUCUUAAAUAUCCGUGAACCUUAGAGUAUGAUUAAUAUUUGCUCAAUAAAUGUAAAUCGAGUAAGACGAGAACUCUCUCUACAAUAUGUUUCUAUAAAACUUUACCAAAAAAGUGAAAUUGGGGGAAGGAACCUAUGGAAUCGUUACAAGAGCAUUUGAUAAGAGAAAAGAACAGUACGUUGCUUUAAAGAAAGUGAAGUUAGAUAGUCACCAUGAUGAAGGCGUUCCAAGUACUACUAUCAGAGAAAUAGCAAUACUAUUAAAGUUGAGACAUCCAAAUAUUAUAAGGUAUAAUUGAAUUGUAUUUUAGUUUGUUUGAGGUCAAGUACUUUCUUGAAGAAAAGUAGAUAUAUCUAGUUUUUGAUUCAAUGCAGUGUGAUCUAAGAAAUUAUUUGGAUAAAAACAAGGCUUUCACUUUAAAUCAGUUAAAACCAAUCAUUUACUAAAUCCUACAAGGCUUAUCAUAUUGUCACAGUAGGAGAGUUUUACAUAGAGACCUCAAACCGCAGAAUAUUUUAAUGGAUGAAGCCAAGUAAAUUAAAUUGGCAGAUUUUGGACUCUCCAGAGUAUUCCCAUUUCCUAUGCCUAAAUUCACAAAGGAAAUCGCUACACUUUGGUAUCGAGCUCCUGAACUCAUGCUUGGAGAUGACAAUUAUGGAACUGCUGUUGAUAUUUGGGCAGUUGGUUGCAUUAUGGCUGAAUGCUUAACUGGUGCUCCACUUUUUCAAGGUGAUAGUUAAGUUGAUAUGUUGUUUAAAAUAAUGAAGGUAUUUUUUUAUAUUGAUUCAUAUCAAAGUUACUUGGAACUCCAACAGAUGAGACUUAUUUCGGUUUGUCUAGACUUCCAGAUUUUACACUCAAUUUUCCAAAAUUUAGAGGUGAAUCAUUGACUUAAAAAAUUCCACAAUUAGGAUAAAAUCACUAAGCCACUAUGGUUUUAUAAUCUAUGCUCUAAUUUAAUCCAAAUAAUCGCCCAUAAGCAAAAGAAUUAUUAAUGAAUUAAUGGUUCGAUGAUAUUAGAAAUAAUAAUUUUUGA